UUACACUUGGCACAAUGCAGUCAGGCAAGUACUGUUCACUUGGCAAAUGCCAAACCCAGACAUGUGUAUCAGAUUGCCAGACAGAGAAAUGUGAUUCAUCUCUCCAGCAAACACGUCUCCACUGCUCUAGAGUCCAGUGGCGGCGUGCUUUACACCACUGCAUCCGACACUUUGCAUUGCACUUGAUGAUGUCUUUAGCUAUUGACUCGUAGAAUAUUAGUAGCAAGGAAAUUUCACGGAUGGACUUAUUGCACAGGAGGCAACACGUCACGGUAUCACGCCUGAAUUCACUGAGCUCCUGAUAGCGACCCAUUCUUUCACAAAUGUUUGUAGAACCAGUCUGCAUGCCUAG